UUUUUUGAAUUUUGACAGCAACACAAAUUGCACUCAAUCUUUAAUGUGAAGCUACUCAGAUAUCCUACAGGAGUUCAGCUCAAUGUACUGACUCAGUGACCUGGAUAGUUCAGUGCUAAAGACCCAAGAUUAUUGACUUUGCAGUACUCAAGAAAUCCAAAAGACUCUGUAUCCCAAAAGCGGUGGAAUGUAUCAUCAAGCAAGAGCAUAUGACAUGGAAAUCUUUCAACAAGCACCUCAAACUAAUAUAUCUAUCAGACCAGUGGUCCAACAAAAUAUUGAACAGCAUGGGAAUGUGGAACCACUCCUAAGAAAGAGAAGGCGUAAUACUAAAGAACUCAAUAUCACUGAAAGACUCACCGAUUUAAGGUUGCGUAUCCUCAGUGGAUAUGUGACUAAGUUUACUUGUUCAGCUAAAAAGGCUAAGAGUACUCAUAAAAAGAACCUCAGAAGGAGAUCCAAAUAUAUUGGUGUGUCUAGAAACAAUUCAAACUGGCAAGCACUCCUCAAUGUUGACCAAAUUAAGAAGUAUAUUGGCACUUUUACAAAUGAGCUUCAAGCUGCUAGAGCAUAUGACAUCUACUCAGUGGCAAUGAGAGGGGAAGAGGCUUCUCUCAACUUCAACUACAGCGGUGAAGAGAUGCUCGAAAGAAUUGAGUAUUUCCUUGAACAUAAAACCAUAAAAUUUGAUUCUUAA